CUGUGACCUGGACUGGUGGGCAGGGAAAUGUUACCCGAAGUAUAGCUUCCGCAGGCUGGACAGCAAACAUCCUGUCAAUAAUGUGGCUCCUGGAUACAACUUCAGGUUUGCAAAAUACUACAAGACCCAAGAUGGAGAAGAAACUAGAACCUUAAUCAAAGCUUACGGGAUCCGGUUUGACGUCAUUGUGUUUGGAACUGCAGGAAAAUUUGGAAUUGUACCGACCAUAGUGAACUUGGGUGCAGCGUUAUCAUUCCUCAGUUUGGUUCCUGUGGUUUCUGACUGGUUCAUGUUGACAUGCAUGAGAAAACGAGAUCUUUACAGUAAACAUAAAGUCACAUAUCUGAGAGAGGACGCUGAGACUGAAUCAUUGUCAAUGAGUGCCAGCUAUGGAACCCAGUAGCAUGGUCACAUCAACAUGGGGAUAUUUUUCUGCAGAGGGA